AUGCGCUUUCACGGCAGGAAGAGUUGGAUCCGCUGUCUAGCUCAUAUUACCUCGCUCAUUUGUGAGGGCGUCUUGCAAGAUCUCAAAGCAGGCACAGCGAAGGAAGCCAAGAAGAUGCUUGACAAGUGGGACGAAGAGAAUAAAAGCAACAACUACACCAUUCCGGGAGACUCUAGUCGAAGUGGGAUUGCCAAAAUCCGCCUCCUCAAUCUCUGGAUGUUGAGAUCCGGGUCUAGGGAGCAAGACUUCAAAAGCAUGCCGCGCACGCACUACCGGAAGCCAACCUACGAUGUCGACACUCGCUGGAAUUCGGCCUACGACAUGAUUGACCAAUUCCUCGAGCUUGAGGCAGAGUAUACUGAGUUCGUUGAUACUCACCCGCAAGUCAAGUGCCUCCUGCCCUUAUCAGAAGAGAUUGUCGCUCUCAUCAACUGCGGAAGGUUCUGA